AUGGGUGGUUCCGUCAAUCCUAAGACCGGCCAUUACAUUGGCACCUGGGGCGAGUUCGGCUGCCCUACCCCCCAGCGCAUCGCCACCUAUGCCCUCUCCUCCAACCGUCAGCGCCCCUUCGCCGGUGCUUUCCACGCCGCCAUCUUCAACACUUUCCGUCGUUUCCGCGGACAGGUCCUCUACGUUGUUCCUCCCUUCGUCAUUGCCUACGCUGCCCUGAACUGGGCCGUUGAGCGGUAA